AUGUCCUGCUCCAGCAUGUGCGUCCCUUCCUGUGGGGUGUGCCCCACCAGCCCCAUGGCCAACUCCUGCAACGAGCCGUGUGUCCGGCAGUGCCCUGACUCCACUGUGGUCAUUCAGCCGCCAGCCACGGUGGUCACCUUCCCCGGRCCCAUCCUCAGCUCGGCCCCGCAGCAGAGCGUCGUGGGCUCCUCUGGAGCUCCCUACGUGCAGGGCGGCUCCGGGGGCUCCUUCGGCCGCGGGGGCUCUGGGGGUUCUGGGGGUUCUGGGGGCUUUGGAGGCUUUGGGGGCUGCGGUUCCCGGUCCCUGGGGGGCUCCUGCGGGCCCUGCUAA